GGACAGGGAAGCGGAGCUGGACAGGGCGCUGGAGCUGGUCAGGGCGCUGGAACUGGUCAGGGAAGUGGACAGGGAAGCGGAGCAGGUCAGGGCGCUGGAGCUGGCCAGGGAAGCGGAGCUGGUCAGGGCGCUGGAGCUGGUCAGGGAAGUGGACAGGGAAGCGGAGCUGGACAGGGAAGUGGCCAGGGCGCUGGAGCUGGUCAGGGAAGCGGGGCUGGUCAGGGCGCUGGGGCUGGUCAGGGAAGCGGAGCUGGUCAGGGAAGCGGAGCUGGACAGGGCGCUGGAGCUGGUCAUGGAGCUGGACAGGGCGCUGGAGCUGGUCAUGGAGCUGGACAGGGCGCUGGAGCUGGACAGGGAAGUGGUCAGGGCGCUGGAGCUGGACAGGGAAGCGGUCAGGGCGCUGGAGCUGGACAGGGAAGCGGUCAGGGCGCUGGAGCUGGACAGGGAAGCGGUCAGGGCGCUGGAGCUGGACAGGGAAGCGGUCAGGGCGCUGGAGCUGGACAGGGAAGCGGAGCUGGACAGGGAAGUGGCCAGGGUACUGGAGCUGGACAGGGAAGUGGUCAGGGUACUGGAGCUGGUCAGGGAAGCGGAGCUGGACAGGGAAGUGGUCAGGGAAGCGGAGCUGGACAGGGAAGUGGCCAGGCAAGCGGAGCUGGUCAGGGAAGCGGGGCUGGUCAGGGCGCUGGAGCUGGUCAGGGAAGCGGGGCUGGACAGGGAAGCGGUCAGGGCGCUGGAGCUGGACAGGGAAGCGGGGCUGGACAGGGAAGCGGUCAGGGCGCUGGAGCUGGACAGGGAAGCGGGGCUGGACAGGGAAGCGGUCAGGGCGCUGGAGCUGGACAGGGAAGCGGAGCUGGACAGGGAAGCGGCCAGGGCGCUGGAGCUGGACAGGGAAGCGGAGCUGGACAGGGAAGCGGUCAGGGCGCUGGAGCUGGACAGGGAAGCGGAGCUGGACAGGGAAGCGGUCAGGGCGCUGGAGCUGGACAGGGAAGCGGAGCUGGACAGGGAAGCGGUCAGGGCGCUGGAGCUGGACAGGGAAGCGGAGCUGGACAGGGAAGCGGUCAGGGCGCUGGAGCUGGACAGGGAAGCGGAGCUGGACAGGGAAGCGGUCAGGGCAAACGUGUGGACGGGGCCUAA